AAUGGUUGUAUCUCACAAAUAUCAAAAUGCAAAGAAAUCAACAAUUCAAAGUGUUCAAAGUGUUCAUUCUGGUACUCUCCAAUCAAAUAUGGCACGUUGUGUGAGUCACGUGCUGUUUGGUCGGUCAUAAUUGUUGCAUUUUUUGUUUGUUCUUAUUGUUUUGAUAGUAUUAUUGUAUCACUUGUCGUUGUAACCAAAAACAUUUUCAACAAACUCCACACACACAAAAUUGUAAAGACAACAACACUCUUUGCAAUGAAUAUAUCCAACAUUAACUUUGUUUCUUUCCAAAGCGGUGUUUGUGUUUCUUCAACUGUGAUAGACUUGAAUUCAGACACUGAGCAGAUUGAAGUCAACAAAGAGACUAGUCAAGUGUUGUGUGUAGGUAACACAAACAAAAACUCCACUAAAAAACAGUUUACAAUUUCAUCAAACAUCACAAAGUUUACAAUUCGUGUUGAUCCAGAAGUUGUCACACUCAAAUAUGACUUUGCAUGUGAGUUCUCUGUUUUUGUCACGCCGUUGUGUUCUUGCAACAUCGACAACAAUAUCCAACUUAUUUCUAAAAACCUUAAAAUAAACAAAGAGAAAUACAACGAAAUUAUAUUUGUUGGUGUGACACAACAAUCAACGCGAAUUGAUUACAAUGAAUUGAGUGUUGAAAAGAAACUUAAUGAAGGCUCGUUUGGUGUUGUCUACAAAGGAGAAUUCAGAAGAAAUGUCGUUGCAAUCAAAAAAGUGAAAAUUUUGAGAAUGAAGUGUCAAUGCUUGACAAGUUCAAGUGUGAGUAUAUUGUUCAUUUUCAUGGAGCUGUUUUUAUAUCAAAUAAUGUGUAAUAUAUCAUAUUUACACAAAAAUGAGAUAUUACAUAGAGACAUAAAACCAGACAACAUUUUAAUAAUUUCAUGUGAUACAAAUUAUAAAGUAAAUGCAAAGUUGACUGAUUUUGGAUCAUCAAGAAAUGUCAAUAUGUUGAUGACUAACAUGAUUUUCACAAAGGGAGUUGGUACACCAAAAUACAUGGCACCCGAAAUACUAAACAGAAAAAAGUACACAAAAAGCGCUGACAUAUAUUCCUUUGGUUUAUCUGUGUUUGAAUGUAUAACAUGGAUAGAAGCAUAUUUGAAAAAACAAUUUAAGUUUGCAUGGGAUAUUGUCGACUUUGUUGUCAAUGGAAAACGCCCGAAUAAACCGUCCAACUUAAACGAUAACACAUACACAAUAGUAAACGAUAUGUAA